GACGCGAACACGUGCAAUUAUGGGCUUUAGUGCUGUAAAAAAUAAUUUUUUUAAUUACUUGUUAUUAUCUCUGGUGCUGAUAAGUGCUCCGAUAAAAUGCACCCUGCCAGAGGAAUCAUCUUCGUCAGCUUUCUCUUCGUCCUCAUCCUCAUCGUCGACGCAAAGUCCCCUGGUGGCCACAACUCUCGGUAAUUUGUACCGUCAAGCUCGCUCUGAGCACUAUCACGCUGCCAGAUAUGCUUCUGAUGGUUCGUCAGUUUCUUCUGGUGCCAUUGGGGUAAGAGGCGAACCAGAACACCGUGAUGCCGCUUAUUACGAGCAACGCUGUAUCACUUGCGAUCCUAAUAAGCCACUUCCCGCAUCUCGAGGAUGGAGAUCUAGAACGAGACAUGAUUACUAUGAUGAUGAUCCAGAGCCACGAAGAUACAGGGAUAGGUAUGAAGAGUAUUACGAUCGUGAACGGGGUUAUGAGUACGAUAGACCCCGAGUGCCUGCUCAGGCAUUCGAUUACGAGCGCAAAGGACCUGGUUAUGAGUAUGAUAGAGCUCGAGGGCCACCUUAUGACUACGACCGAGCUGAACCUUAUGUGAGACAUGAACCCGCCCGACCCAUACCCUAUUACGACCGAUACGACAUGCUCAUGGGACGAGAUCGGCUCCAUGACAUGAGAUAUGACCGCAACUACGAUCGGUUUUUCGACCGCGGCAAUGGCUACGACAACUUGGAUCAACGCCAUGGCUAUCGGCACGACCCUUACGACAGGCGACCUACUGACGAUCCUUAUGUUCGGUACGAUCGUUAUAAUCGCAUUAGUCCUAAUCGUGGAUACGAAAACGAUUACUGGGAUCCUUAUGAAAAGAACUACCGAAGACGUCCAUACGAGGAUCGACAAGAUUGGUAUGACAAAACUUCAGGACGAGGUGGUCCAGACUCUCGAGGAUACUACUCAUCUAGCGCUUGGGGACCAGGAUAUGAUAGGGGAUACGCGAGUGCUUGGAAUUAUAUGGGCCAUAGAGACAGCUGGAGAUAUACCGGACGAGAUCGUGACUCCGGGGAUAAUUGGAAAGACUUGAACAGAGAUCGUGAUUCUGGGUCUUAUCGACCGAGAGAUUAUUUUUACGACAGCACCGUGCCGCCAGGCGGGUUGAGGGGGACAAGCUAUCUGUACGAUCGAGCUGAAUCUUCGACCAAACCCGACUCGACUGAACGUGACAAGCCAACCAGCUCGCCCCAGGCGCAAGAUAAUAAAGUCUACAAGGAUUAAGAGGUCAUGUUUAAUUUAUAAUCAUCUAUUAAUACACUAACGAUCUCGUCAUCAUUUUUUUUUAUUAUUCAAGUCCAGUCUAAUUAUCUUCACUUAAUUAAAUGAUUAACUCUAAAUUUUUAAGGACCAAAAUCAUCAGUGUAUAAAUCAGACA